GAGAAAGCUGUAAAAGAAGUGCUGGACGCUGAGGGAAGGAUUGAUGUGUUGUUCAAUAACGCCGGUAUCAGUUUGUUGACCCCCAUGGAAUGUGUUCCCAUGAAAAUUGCCAAGGAAGUGUUUGACGUGAACUACUUUGGAGCUUUUCGCUUGAUCCAGGCUGUGCUUCCUGGAAUGAAAGCGAGGCAAAGCGGGCUUAUUAUCAACAACAGCAGCCAUUUUGGAAUUGUUGGAAUACCUUUUGUGGAAGUUUACUGCUCGUCAAAGUUUGCCCUUGAAGGUCUGACCGAGAGUAUGGCUCCGAUACUUCGUCAGUUCAAUAUCAGGUGCUGCUUGUUGGAACCAGGACCAGUGCAGACUCCUAUAUUUGAGAAAGCGAGCGACUGGAUUCAAGAAAACCUGGACGCAACGACUAUUGACCCCAAGACCAAAAGUCUGUUUGAAGCGGCGCAAGCAAAUUUGGACCGCGCAUUCAGCGACGCCAUGCAGAACUGUGAAGAAGUUGCACAAAUUGUAAAGGAUAUAAUAUUAGGGGAAAAGAAAGAUCUGCGAUGUCAAACAAACCAGAAAUUUGAGCCAGAAGACAUCCCUGCUAAAUUAGCUGAUGCUACGGGAAAUAAAUCAGUUGAUGUUAUAACUGAGCGUUUUUUUGGCGGGCAGUAAUAAUAUAAAAAAUCUGUAGCGGUUAGUUAGGUUUGUUAUCAGUAAAUGUACCAGAGUUCAUGACCUGCCCAACGAGUCUGUUGAAAAUUCACAGUUGGUGUGAUAUCUCACGAUUUUUACCGACUUAACUAAGUGUGGAUGUAGAUAUAGAUGUAGACUGAUAUAAUUAUGUGUAGCAAUGAUCAGAGUAAUGAUGAAUAAAGCGUUCUAAGAAACAUAAA